UAACAGAAGUUGGGAAAAUGAUCAUGGAAGUUUAACGUUAGAUCUGUCGCCAGAACCUCUUAGUGGUCGUCACUGUGUUAUUACCAAUGGGUUGUUCCUGAAGUGCAGGAACAGUGGAAUAGAACGUUUGUUUAAUAUCUCACUGCAGGGGCCGCACCUCCUUUAAAUCUGAAUGUUGUUUUGUAUUAACUCUCACUUUAACUGCACAAAGUACGCAGUGGUGCGAAGUACCGGUCUAGCAACACACUUAGGAGGCUCUCUAACCAAGACCACUUUUACGAAAAUGCCAUUUUGCUUUAAGUUUAGACUCAAAAUUGAAUCCUUUCACAUGAAAAUAAUGAAAACGCAGAAGCGAGCUUUUCAGUUGAACUUAAAAAAAACUCACGCCUAUGUACCUUAUUUACCGUAGUACUCUUUUCAGUUUGACAAUUCAGACAAACAAAUCUUACAACAGAUGGGAAAACGUGAGCCUUCAAAAACAUCUCAGGUCGGUUCGGAAGGAACUCCAAAUUUGGAGGUCGUUCUGGUUUGUUGAUAGGAAUGUUGCUACAGAUCUGACCACGGUGGCAAGAACCGGACAUCAACCCCACUCACCAUCAUCCAACCUCCAUGAAAAAGAACACAAGAACAGGGAGAAAACAUCGAAGACAAAUGCGGACCUACUUGAAAUACUGUCCGGAAACAUUGAACAUAAACCACAAAGACCCUCAACAUCCGGACUAAAGGUUAUCGGCGAACUUUUGAGAGAGGUUGAUUCCCAGCGAGGCUGGUUCCAGGUUGACAGUGGCUGAUUCCGUUUCUAACAGAACUCCGUAAGCGGUUGGAAUCAGAGCGGAACCGAGCAACUCCCAAGCCGGACUGGAUCCUCUCCGUGACUCUCGGGCUGACAGAGCCCCGCCUCCGGUUACUUGAUGAUCUGGAAGUCGGGGUACUCCCGGCGCUGGAUUCGCUUCUGGUUGCUGAACUCCGCUCUGUCUAUCCGGGACUUGGGGCUACCUGUACGGCGCAGCCAGGUUUGCAUGGCCCGGACCGGCUCCUCGGCUCCCUGCAGCUGGCCUCGCACUGUCCCCUGCUCCGUGUUCUCCACCCAUCCAGCCAGGCCAAGCCGCUUCGCCUCUUUCUGCGUAUAUUUCCGGAAGAAAACUCCCUGCACUUUGCCAAACACUUCAAAAUCCAGCGACAGCAGCGGGCCUUCACCACCGGACGACAUGACAACAGCUCCUUGGUAACCGCUGCAUCCGGUCGAACAGCGCCUUCUGGGUACUGGAGUCCCAGUCACGUGGUGGACGGUGACCGACUAAUCCCUGCGGCUUGUGCGCAAGCGUCACGGGUUUGAAACGCCAAUAGGUUUGAAGACGAAGGCUGUGGAGGGGAUAGUGGCUAAACUGUUCAUCGAGGGCUCGGGUUCAGUGGUGUUUGUCCCUUACUGUAUUUUGCACUGCCCUUUGUUUAGGGAAUGCGUUUCGCUGACACCAGACUACAAAAUGAAGAAGCAUGAGAAGAGGCCAUUAUGUCCAAUGUGCCUACACCAGCUCUUCAAAUGACAAUUGCAGUGCAGCUUGAAGAAAAUGUCACGAAACGGGGUGAGGCAACAUUAGUGGGAUGGCACAUGACAGCACAGAACAGGAAGGCAAUUUUUAGCGGGCUUUGAGUACCCAGAAAUGGCUGGAGAGGAACUUUUAAUUCUUUAUUAUUCUCGGGAACAGACUAGAGAAUCUAAACAUUACUGUACACAGCAUAAAAUAAGUACUUAGGAUACAAGAUUUCUGUUUGUACAAGAAUGAAAUCCCUGUUCACAUCCAUCAACAUCAACCUGGCCAAAGAAACACUGACUACACUAUUAGAAGAACAGAAGACACAUACACCAGACACCACCAACCUCAUCAGCAAGGACAACAUCAUCAAGCUAGUGGACCUAUGCCUCACCACCCACUUCACUUUCAAUAACAAAACCUACAGACAAACCAACGGUACACCCAUGGGAUCUCCGAUAUCAGGGUUCUUAGCAGAGGCAGUAACGCAGAGACUCGAACAAACAGCUCUGCCAAUCAUCCAACCCAAACUUUGGGUCCGCUGUGUGGAUGACACCUUUGUCAUCACUAAACAAAACAAACUAGAGGAAACCUUCAAGACCAUCAAUAAUACCCUUUACUGGCAUAACAUUCACAAAAGAGGAGGAAAACAACAACAAACUGCCGUUCCUAGAUGUCACAGUAGAGCGAACAGCCAAUGGGGAACUUCAAACCAGCGUCUACAGGAAAACAACACAUCCGGACCAAAUACUGAACUACAGGAGCAACCAUCCCAACACCCACAAACGAAGCUGCAUUAGAACAUUAUUCCAACGAGCCACCACACACUGCAGCACAGAGGAACUACGCAGAGCAGAGGAAAGUCACCUAUACAGCACAUUCAAAAAGAAUGGGUACCCUAUGAACACAGUCCGCCAAUUCCUCAGCAACAAACCCAAACAAACAAACAGACAAAACGGGCUCAGAAACUAUAACCACUCUCCCCUACAUCAAAGACAUUUCCGAAAUGACUGCCAGACUACUCGGACCUCUUGGCAUCAGGGUAGCCCACAAACCCACCAACACACUAAAACAGCAGCAAAUGAACUUAAAAGACUCUGUACAGACAACAAAUAAAACGAACGUCAUCUACAAAAUACCUUGCAAGAACUGUGACAAACACUACAUUGGACAAACUGGCAGGAAGCUAGCCACCAGGAUACAUGAACAUCAACUAGCCACAAAACGACAUGACCCACUAUCACUCAUAUCCUUACAUACAGAUGAGGAAGGACACCACUUUGAUUGGGACAACACAUCCAUCCUAGGACAAGCCAAACAGAGACAUGCACGAAAGUUCCUAGAAGCACGGCAUUCCAACUGGAAUUCCAUCAACAAACACGUUGGCUUGGAGCCAAUCUACCAUCCCCUGAGAAAAAGAACAGGAAAUGACAUCACCAACCCAAGGACGCCUAACCAGAUAAAUAGAAAGCGGGACAUAACACCAGCGCUUCGUCGGAGGCUCACUGAUGAUGUUACCUAGAAUGGUGACGAAACAUCUGAAAACGAACCUUCCAGCUCAGCGAGCAAACUCACAUCCAGAACCUCAACCUGAGCUACAAAUCUUCUCAAAACUCGCUGGCCCAUAUGCCUCUAAUCCUUUCCAAUUAAAGAACCCAACCAGAUGUUUUUUAAAAAGUAGUAAUUGUGUUAGCUACUAUCACUUCCUCUCGCAGAUCAUUCCAUACAUGUACCACCUCUGCUUGAAAACAUUGCCCCCUUAGGUCCCUUUUAAAUCUUUCCCCUCUCACCUUAAAUCUUUGCAUCAUAGCUUUGGAUUCCCCUACCCUAUGAAAAAUACCUUGGCUAUUCACUGUACUGAUUGUUCAUUUUAUAAACUCCUAUAAGGUCACCCCUCAGUCUCUGACACUGCAGGCCGAAAAAAAACCAGCCUCUUCCUAUAGUUCAAAUCCUCCAACUCGGUAACAUUCUUGUAAACCUUUUCCGAACCCUUUCAAAUGUAACAUUUUUCUUAUAGCAGGGAGACCAGAACUGAAACCAGUAUUUUAAGUGGUCUCACCAAUGUCCUGUAUGGCCACAACAUGACAUCCUAACUCAUAUACUCAAUGCACUGACCAGUGAAGGCAUACAGGCCAAAUGCCACCUUCACCACCCUGGCUACCUGCUACUCCACUUUCAGGGAAUUAUGCACCUGCAACCCGUGGUCUCCUUGUUCGGUAACACUUUCCAGGGCCCUACCACGAACAGUAUAAGUCCAGCCCUGGUUUGACUUACUGAAAUGCAACAUCUCACAUUUAUCUAAAUUCUUAAGAAACAGAAUUGCUUCCAAGCUAGGCACAAAAUCACAAGCUAAAUAAAUAGAUAGUUUUGAAUUCAAUAAGAUGUAAAGAUGAUAUUGUAGGUAGAUCGUGUAUUAAAAAAAAUGCAAAGAUACCUUUGAUGAUGUUUAAGCUUUUGAUGAUUAUAU